CCUAGUUAUCUUGGUGAUGUUUAAAUAUAAUUGUACUAAUGAUGUAGGUAUGAUUCAAAUGAUGUGCACUGAAUAAUUUAACGAGUAGAUACGACAUUACAGCCAUGUUUAUCAUGUUAAUAAUAUUGACAACGUAUUCCAGUUUAUAUGUUGCGGAAGCCCUGGACAAUUGGGGACCCUACGUAGUAGAAUGGAAGAAGUGUCACGGGUGCAAUAGUACGAAUAUGGGGUCUGGCGUGUCCCUUGUUAGCAACAUGGAACGUCGCCAUCCAGAUCCCAUAUUUCAUAUUAUGAACUUUACGAUAACGGAUCCAGUACGAUUGGAUGAGAUAAAAGUAACAGCAUUAACGGUGAAAGAAGGGCGCAAAGUGUUAUUUGGCAAGAGGAAACUGACAAAGCCAUGCGAUUUUUACGCUUCCUUUCUGAUUUUGGAGAAAACCUUCCACGUUGACAAGGAUUGCAUAUUGCGGAAGGGUACUCAUGUUUUUGAUGUCAAUUUAAAUGAAUUGACAAGAUUCUUCAUGGGCAAACAAUUUAUCUACGGUCAUUAUUACGUGAAAGCACUCGCGCUGAAUAAAAAAAAGAUGAUUAUGUGUGUUGAGAUAGUCUCAAUUAUAAAGAAGUCUUAAGACUAAAAUUAAGUAGUCCAAAAUUAAAUCUAAUUACCUACUUACCUAAAUUAUAAUUUUACUUAUUGUUCAUUACCCAUAUGUCAUACUUACUAGUUAUUGUAGACCGUAAGUUUGUUCUGUUGUGUAAUAGUAUCAUGAUAUUACGUCGGAAUUUAAUUUACCCUCAGAUUACCCAGGGAGUGAUUGGGAGUGACAGGAAGAACACUUACAAUUCGGAAAAAUAAUAAGUAAUUGCUGUGACAGGGACUCGAAUUCUGGACAAAGACUUUUCUAUGAAGCUACAUUAUACUUACUACUCUUACUAAAUAAAUGAAUAGGUAGAAGCUCAUGCGCAUUUUGUAUCACUUAAAGUGGAUUAGGGUUGCCCAGUACGUCUUAAUUUAAAAAUGUAUGCCUGUAAUUUCAUAUAACACAGGACGAACAUGACAAAGCAUGGUUUCGGCUUGACUUUGACUCGUUGUAGAUUUUGGGUGAUACACACACAAGCAAUACCGCGAGUCCUGUGCCGGAUUUAUGUGUGCAUUAUGUUACGGACAAUGUGAGAAAUUCGGAUAUUAUGAAUAAUGGCCGGUUAUUAUUCAUAAUGCCCGCAUCCAUUAGGCAACGCAAUUACGCAACGUAGGUAUUUAAAACUGCAUGAUUAAUCACACUGAU